CUUCACAAACACUAUUUAAGUCUUUAAUUACCUAGCACUCAUUAUCCACCCUGUGCACCACUACCACUGUCAACCUCCUCCCUUUCCAGUUGCCAGCUUGAGGCAGCCUAGCACAUUCAACUUUCCAUUGGAGUGGUUGAUCAUACGUUCAACUAGCAUUCCGGCGCUGUCGCCCACAUUAGCUGGAGUAUAGGAAGGCUUUCCGUUUCUGACUUCACCGAGCUUCAUACUACCGUCAGCCAUUCCUGCCAACAUGCGAUCUCUCGCCCCCUUGGCUCUCAGCCUCCUCGGCGCAUCAAGCGUAGUAUACGCUGCGGACGCCGAGUCUAAUGUCAUCUCACUGAACACGGAGUCGUUCGAAAGCUUCAUGACGGAACAUGAUCUGGUGCUUGCAGAAUUCUUUGCGCCCUGGUGUGGCCACUGCAAGGCUCUCGCUCCCAAGUAUGAGGAAGCAGCUACAGAGCUGAAGGCAAAGGAUAUUCCUCUGGUAAAGAUCGACUGCACUGUAGAGGAGGAUCUGUGUCGGGGUCAGGGCGUUGAGGGCUAUCCGACUUUGAAGAUCUUCCGUGGACCCGACUCGAGCAAGCCUUAUCAGGGUGCGCGUCAAGCAGAAUCCAUUGUGUCCUACAUGAUUAAACAAUCUCUUCCUGCCGUGUCACCUGUCGAUGGUGAGAACCUUGAGGAGAUCAAGACUAUGGACAAAAUCGUCGUCAUCGGUUACAUUGAUUCGGAAGAUAAAACGACACAUGACGCGUUCGAGGCCUUUGCCGAAUCCCAGAGGGAUAAUUACCUCUUCGCGGAAGCAAGUGACCCUGCCAUCGCCAAGGUGGAGGGUGUCAAACAGCCGGCCUUCGUUCUCUACAAGGAUUUCGAUGAGAAAAAGGCAGUUUAUGAUGGCGAGAUUGACCAAGAGGCUCUACUCGGCUGGGUCAAGACCGCUAGUACUCCCCUUGUGGGCGAAAUCGGACCCGAGACCUACUCUGGGUACAUCACAGCCGGCAUUCCCCUCGCAUACAUUUUCGCCGAGACAAAGGAAGAGCGGGAACAGUUCACUGAGGAAUUCAAGCCGAUCGCGGAGAAGCACAGAGGCUCUAUCAACAUCGCUACUAUCGAUGCCAAGAUGUUCGGUGCGCACGCAGGAAACCUCAACCUCGAUCCCCAGAACUUCCCUGCCUUUGCCAUUCAAGAUCCUGCCAAGAAUGCCAAGUACCCAUAUGACCAGUCCAAGGAACUCAAGGUGGAAGAUCUGGAGAUCUUUAUUCAAGACGUUCUUCACGGCAAGAUCGAGCCUAGCAUCAAGUCAGAGCCUAUCCCGGAGACUCAGGAUGGCCCAGUGACUGUUGUUGUGGCACACUCUUAUAAGGAGCUUGUUGUUGAUAACGACAAGGACGUUCUUCUAGAGUUUUAUGCGCCAUGGUGCGGGCACUGCAAAGCUCUUGCUCCAAAGUACGAUGAACUUGCUAGUCUUUAUGUCAACAACCCUGACCUUGCGGCCAAGGUUACUGUCGCCAAAAUUGAUGCGACAGCCAACGAUGUCCCUGACCCAAUCACUGGUUUCCCAACAAUCAGACUGUACCCAGCCGGCGCCAAGGAUUCUCCAAUUGAGUAUGAAGGGUCCCGCACAGUUGAGGACCUCGCCAAUUUCAUUUUUGAGAAUGGUAAGCACAAGGUUGAUGCCUAUGCGACGCCUGAGGAGCAGCAGGGAGAUGCGGACGUCACUACUCCCUCUGUUGCAACCCCCAGUGAAGACGAGGCCCCGGAAGUCGCUAAAGAAGAAGCGGUGGAGCAUGAUGAACUCUAAUUGUUUUGGAAGUUCCUAGUCCCUCUAAUGAAUUGUAUCUUAUUAUCCUCAAUGCUAGUCCCUCUCCGUUUCCGCUCUAGCGCUUAUCUCUUUUCUCACCUGCGUAUCUGCCAAGGUUGAUUUGGCGUCCAUUCAAAUCGCCAGACCAAGUAAGUCUGGUAAUGCAAGACCAAUGGGAAACAGGG